AUGAUUGUAGAUACCGCCAUCAGAGGACGGAAGAGAGCUUUGCGUCGUUGGCGGGCGGGCGGGCGGGCGGCCGGGUGCGCAUGCGCGCGUGCGGGGCGCGCCGCGGCGGCGCAGGCGCGGGCGGGCGCUCAGUACGCGCGCGCCUUUGCCAUGGCUCGGUGGCUGAAGGCCCUAGCGGCGCUCCUAGUGCUCGCCGCGCCCGCGCUCGCGCGCAAGCCCGCCCCCGACCGCGCCGAGCCCCAGAUCGAGGAGGUCACCGCCAAACAGCUGGAGCGCGUGCUGCAGGACAAGGACUUCGUGGCGGUGUACUGGUAUGCCAGGAGCUGCGUGACGUGCGACAAGGUGCUGGAGGAGUUGGAGAAGAUCGACGACGACACGGACACUUUCGGUGUCGACUUUGUGAAGAUCAACGACAAGCGGCUCGCGAAACAGUAUGGCAUCACGAAAUUCCCCGCCCUCACGUACUUCCGUGAGAAGGAACCGAUCAUUUACGAAGGAGAUCUCAUGGACGAGGAGAGCGUCCUGGAUUUCCUGACGAGCUUAGAAGCGAUGGACCUUCCCGACCGGAUAGAAGAGGUCAACCAGAAGAUCCUCGGAAAAAUUAUAGAGGAAACCGAAUACGUCGCAGUCUUGUUCUGUCCUGAUCUCAAAACAUGCAGCCCGCCGCUCAAUAAGCCUGAGUGCAAAAAAUGCGCGAAGGCAUUACAAGAGUUGGAGAACAUCGACGAUGAAGCUGACCAGCUCGGUAUUGGCUUCGUGAAGAUCCACGACGAGGAACUCGCCGAGGAGUACAGUCUUGGGGACUUGCCAAGACUAGUAUACUACAGGCAUCAAAUACCUAUUAUCUAUGAAGGUGAACUGAGUCGGGAAGAGGACGUAUUGGAAUGGCUGAUAGCGAACAAGUCUACUGGAGACGAGGAAGAUGUCAUCGAGGAUGUCACUGCCAAAACGCUUAAUACACUUAUUGGCAACGUGGACAACCUAGUAGUAUUAUUUUACGAUCACGGCGAUGAAGAAUCGAUGACGGUUUUGGCAGAGCUUGAAAAAAUAGACGAUGAUUGUGACCGUCACGGGAUCCAGUUUGUGAAAAUUGACGACAAGAGAGCGGCUCAGGAGUUUGGUAUCGACAAUGUUCCGGCUAUCGUCUACUUUGAAAAGCAAAUCCCUAAUGUUUACGAUGGUGACCUGGAAAAUGAAGAAGAAAUGUUAGAAUGGCUUGUAGAUCAACUAGAAAAAGAUGAAAUUGAAGAUGUUACCGACGAAAUGCUCGAUCGUCUCAUCAAGGACGGAAAAACAGUAGCUGUGUUAUUUUAUGACAACAAUGAUCGCAAAUCUCAAAAAGUGUUGAACGAAUUAGAAAACAUUGAUGAUGAAUGUGAUCAACUUGGUAUUGCGUUUGUUAAAAUUGACAACGACGAUGAGGCAAAAGAAUAUGGCAUUGAGAAAGUCCCUACACUGUUAUACUUUGAAAAGGGAAUUCCAACGUAUUACGAGGGCAAUUUAGAAGAAGAAGAGAAGGUCCUUGAUUGGCUAAGACAUCAAAGUGAAAGCGAUGAAAUUGAGGACAUCACUGAUGAAAUGCUCGAUCUAAUUAUUGAAAAAAUGCCGUAUGUCGCCGUAUUGUUCUAUGAUAAGGACCACAAAAAAAGUCAAAAAAUCUUAGCGGAACUAGAAAAUAUAGAUGAUGAGUGCGAUCAGAAUGAUAUUGCCUUCGUUAAGAUUGACGAUGACAAAGAAGCUAAGGAAUAUGGUAUUGAAAACAUUCCGACGAUGGUAUUUUUCGAGAAAGGUAUUCCUCACAUCUAUGAGGGUGAUUUAAUGAAAGAGGAUGAAUUGUUAGGAUGGUUGUUACACCAGAAACGUCAUAGUGAAAUACCAGAGGUCACCGAUGAAAUGAUGGACAAAUUAAUUGAAAACACACCAUAUUUGGCUGUUAUUUUUUACGACAAAGAUGAUAAACAAGACAUCAGAAUUCUAAACGAAUUAGAAAAUAUUGAUGAUGAAUUAGAAAAAGAAGGAAUUGUUAUUGUGAGAAUAGAUAAUGAUGCUGAGGCAAAACAAUAUGGCAUCGACCAUUUACCCACUCUGGUUUAUUUUGAAGAAAAUAUACCGGCUAUAUAUGAAGGUGAUCUCAUGAAUGAAGAUGAAGUACUGGAGUGGCUUAUUGAACAGAAAAAUAGUGCUACUAUUGAAGAAGUUACCGACGAAAUAUUGGCCGAUCUGAUCGAAGAGCACGAAUAUGUAGUUGUAUAUUUCAGUGGUACUUGUGAAGAAGGUGAGGAAUGUGACAAUAUUUUGGAAGAGCUUGAGAAUAUUGACGAUGAAUUAGAUGAAACUGGUAUUAUAUUUGUUACAACUGAAGACAUGGCAUUAGCUAAAAAAUACGGUAUUAAAACUUUCCCCACUCUCGUUUUCUUCAGAAAUAGAGAUCCAUUGAUUUAUAAAGGUGACAUUGAAGAUGAAGAUGAAGUAUUGGCUUGGCUAACUGAUGAGAACACUCUUGAAAUUCCCGGAAAAAUCGAAGAAGUGAACUCUAAGAUGUUAGAUAAAAUUUUAGAAGAAAACGAUCAUGUCGUAGUCUUCUUCUAUCGAGAGGGUGACAAGAAAUCCCAAAAAAUAUUAAGUGAGCUAGAAAACAUUGAUGAUGAGUGCGAAGAAAAGAAUAUCGACUUCAUCAAGACAUCCGAUGAAGGCGUAGACAGGGAGUACGACCUUCCAGAUUUGCCAGCAUUAGCCUUUUAUCGGCACAAAUUUAGAACGAUUUAUGAUGGAGAUUUAAUGCAUGAAGAAGCUAUUCUUAAAUGGGUACUGGAGCUUCAUGACUCUCAACCUGAUGUUAUCGAGAAUGUUGAUAGAAAAACACUCAAAGAUCUAAUUGAUGACGUUGAACAUCUCGCCGUAUUCUUUUAUAGUGAAGAUUGUGACACUUGCGAUGAUAUUUUAGAAGAAUUAGAAACUAUCGACGAUGACACAGAUAAACAUGGUAUCCAAUUCGUAAAAUCAAAAGACUCUAAAUUGGCAUCUGAUAUUGGCAUUUUCAGUUUCCCAGCAUUAGUUUACUACGAAACUGGUGUACCUAUCAUGUAUGACGGUGACUUAAAGAACGAAAAUAAGGUUCUCCAGUGGCUUGUAGAUCAAAAAAGCGAUCGCUGUUUCUACAUUGGAUUGGGAGCGAAACCGGCUGUCCCUAAAAUGACUUACGAACCCUACCAGUGCUGUCCCACUAAAGUACAAAGUCCAACAAAAGUGGCCAAAGCGACACCAACCAAGGUUCCGACAAAGAAACUCGAGAAGAAGCAACCCAGCCUAGAAAAACCAACCAAGGGAAAGAAUAAGGCUUUAACCGCUAAGCCAGACAGACCGUCCAAGGGCAAAAAAGGAAAUCUCCUGGAUGAAUCUGAAGUUCUGGAUUGGAUGGUAAAACAAAAAGAAGAUGAAAGCAUCGAAGAAAUAGAUAGAGAUAAACUAUUCAAAUACAUAGAGACUAAAGAAUUUUUGGCCGUUGUCUUUUAUAGAGAAGACGACCCAGGCAGCCCAAGAGUAUUAAGACACGUGGAACUAAUUGACGAUGAAGCUGCGGAAUAUGGAAUAAAAAUUGUCAAAUGUAGUGAUCGCCUAAUGGCAAAAAAAUAUGGCUUCCGUAAUCCACCUGGCAUAACAUAUUUUAGGAAAACGAAAUACAUAAAUUAUGAUGGUGAUAUCGACGACGAAGAAGAGAUAUUAGAUUGGUUAACAAACCCAGAGAACAUGGAAUUAACGGAUCACAUAGAGAAAGUCAAUAGGAAGAUGUUCCAGAAAAUAAGACAAACAUCUGAUUACGUUGCGGUUUUCUUUUACAGUAAUGACUGCAAACAGUGCCCAAGAGUUUUGGCUGAGAUAGAGCACAUCGAUGAUGACGCUGACGGAGCUGGAAUUAACUUCGUGAAAAUCGACGAUAGGCAGAUGGCUAAAGAAUAUGGUGUUUUUGCUCUACCCGCAGUUUUAUUCUUUAAAUUGGGAUCCAAGGAUCCCGUCAUAUACGCAGGUGACUUGUAUGACGAACAACAGUUGUUGAGUUGGCUGUUAACUCAGAAAAAUCCAGCUGGUGACGUUAUAGAAGCUCUUGAAGGAAAAGAUUUGAUAGAAUUGAUUGAAGAAUCAGGAUCGGUAGCAGUUUAUUUUUGGAAUAAGACGUUAUGUGAAAUAUGCAAUUUGAGAGCCUUGCAAAAAACGAUAAGAAAGAAAGACAAAGGACAUGAAGAUGAAGAAGGGCAGAAUGUAGAGGAUAGCCUCGAUUGUGAGCAAUGCGCAGGAAUACUAGAAGAGCUAGAGAAUAUUGAUGACGACUGUGACAGACACGAUAUAAAAUUCGUUAAAACUCAAGACUACUCGAUAGCAGAAGCAUAUGAAGAGGAAGAGGUUCUUCAAUGGCUUAUUACUCAGAAAACUGAAGAUUGUAUCGAACUCAUAACUAGAGUAAUGUUAGAGAAAAUGGUUGAAGAAACACAGUAUUUAGCAGUUUACUUCUAUAAAUUAAAUUGUCAUAUAUGUGAUCACAUCCUUGAGGGUUUGGAAAAAAUUGAUGAUGAAUGUGAUGUGUACGGAAUACACAUGGUUAAAAUACAAGAUCCACAACUUGCAAAACGAUAUUCAAUAAAGACUUUCCCAGCUAUGGUUUAUUUCAGAAACGGCAAUCCACUUCUCUUUGAAGGUGACUUGCAAAAUGAAGAGUCGAUACUAGAAUGGCUCGUUGACGACGAUAAUCGAGAACUGGCAGAUGAAAUUGAAUCGGUCAAUGACAGAAUGCUUGAAAGGCUACUUUAUGAAUCACAUUUACUAGUAGUCUUUUUCUACGACGAUGAAGAUUGUGCCGAGUGCGAGGAAAUCCUUGAAGCGCUAGAGCAAAUAGACGGGGAAGUAGAUCAAUACGGUAUUGAUUUCGUAAAGAUCGCCAGCAUCGAAGCGGCGGCUAAGCAUAACGUUGUGAAUAUUCCGUCAUUGGUAUAUUUUCGCAAACGCGUGCCCAUGCUCUACGAUGGUGAUUUGCACCAAGUGGAUAAAGUACUCCAAUGGCUGACUUCUCAAGACGUUUUUGAGAUCAAAAACGAAAUUGAGGAGGUGAACAGGAAAAUGCUCGACAAACUUUUGGAUGAGAACGAAUUCUUGGCUGUCUAUUUCUAUGAAAAAUCUGCAGAGAGCCGAGCUGUGCUGGAUAAAUUGGAAAAUAUAGAUAGCGAGACGGACAAUUUGGAUAUAACCUUUGUGAAAAUGCAAGAUCCACGCUACGCGCGUAAAUGGGGUGUCACGAAAUUGCCUGCUAUUGUUUACUUCAGAAAACGCUUUCCAAGCAUAUACAGAGGCGACAUCAUGUCCGAAAUCGAAGUUUUGGAGUGGCUGCGGAAGAAUAGGUUCCGACAACCGGAGCUAAACAUAUUUAUGUACGCGUUGAUUGCAUUAUCCGUUGCGUUCAUCAUGUACACCGCUUUUUUGCUCCAGUGUUUCAAGCCUUCACCAACGCCUUCCACUCAGCAUCCUAAGCAAGCG